AGGCAGAAAAGCAGGCAGACUGUCAACGUGUCAGGCCAAUUCGGUCUCCAGAUUGCGAUUUGCUGAUCCGUUGAGUCAUGAUACACGGUGUCGGGAUUGAUGGGGGUUACGGUCUUGUGCAUCUGCGAUUGAUGUGACAGGAGGUCAUGCGGGGAGAGGAAACCACCUCGCUCCGGAUUUCACUGCACGGCCGCAGGAGACGUCUGAGCGGAUGCACAGGAAGACGAGAUGAGGUACCUGACCGAGCUGUUGUGUUUCAGCCAAGUCGUUCAAAGCUGCUUCGUUGAGAUGUUCACUCCGAGGCCUUGCGCUGGGGGACCACCCCACGCAACAUGCAGACAUGCUUCUGCGUCCGGCCGGAGUACGUCGAUGAUCGAAUUGUUUCACACAAGCCUUUGCCUGUCACACCAUUUUGCCUGUCAAGGCUAUGCAGGUGCGCAUGCCUGUAGGAACCCGGCUUCUGGGAUCGAGGUCGUGCAUCCGGCCAUUAGGUGCUGCCACUUGGCAGAGAGGGGCAGAUGUUGUGGGAUGUCCACUUGGUGUGUGGCUGGAGGCUGUGUCGAGUUUCUGACGAAAUCAAGUGACGUCUUCGUGUAGGUAGAAAAAGCAGAUAGCCGUUGUGUGUACCGUAGUGAGGCUAUGCUGCUAACACGACGCCACGUUAGGCACCUUUUCAUCUUGAACUUGGUGUGGUAGAAAGAUUUGGAUAUGCAUUGAGUAUUUUGAGA